GCCUCCUCGCCGGCUCUCGCGAGACUUCCGCGCGGCCCAGCCCGCUCCGCCGUUGUCGCUUCCCCGACGGCGCCGCGAUGGCGUCCGAUUCGGAUACCGAGGAGCUCUUCUACGACGCGUCCGAGGACGUGGCCCAGCACGGCGGGAGCCCGGCACCGUCGCCAACCAAAGUCACGGAGCCGUCAGUACUGAAGGAGCCGGGCGGAGGUUCUCUGGUGGAUGACCAUGAAGGAGGAAAAGACCUGGACAUCAAGCAAGAUGACCCCAAAGAGAUCAUUGACAACAUCAUAGAAGAAAGCCAGAAAGCCCAUCGGCUGGAGGAUGACCCCUUGGCUCCUUCCCAAAAGGAACUGACCAGCCCCUCAUCACAGGCAAACGCUUGGGUCUCCGGAGCAGACCUCUUCCACCACAUUCCCGAACUCUUAAUCGCGGAAGCCCCAACGCAAGGGCCCCACGAAGCCCCUGCAGGUCUGGCCAACGGGGUGGCGCCCCAGGAAGCCUCGGCCCCUCCCAGCCACGAGGGGGCAGAUCACCCCGGAGGGGAAGAGGCUGUGGCCUCCGCAGGAAGCCCGAGUGAGGGCCGAGGGCGCAAAGCGGCCAGAGGAGACCCGCCAGAGGAGGAAGGCCCCCAGACCGCUGAUGGAUUGGACCAGGCGCCGUCCGCGGAUCCCUCCCUCCCCCACGGCUUCUCGGCUGCCGAUGAGCCGCCUCCGGCCAAACCCCCCCGACAGCUGACCAUGGAGCCAGAUAUCGUGGCCAGCACAAAGAAAUCUGGCCCAGCGCGGCCCCCGCCUCCCAUGGGACUCCCACCCCCCAGGCCACCGCCCCCUGCCCGGCCCGCCCCCCCACCCAGGAAGAAAAAAAGCGACUCGGAAAUCGAGACCAGCAAAAUUCCUGGCCUGGAAGUUCCUCGGGAGCCUUUUCCCCUGGGGGGCCUCCUGACGCCCAACGCCUCCCUGGACUCCAUCGCCAAAGACUCUCAGCCUUCCCUGGACUUGGCGAGCGCCACGAGCGGCGACAAAGUUGUUACUGCUCAGGAGAAUGGGAAAUCGGCCGAUGGCCAGGUGGUGUCAGGUGAACUGAUUGGACCCCAGAGACCCCGGUCGAAUUCGGGCAGAGAACUCACGGAUGAGGAGAUCUUGGCCAGCGUCAUGAUUAAGAACCUGGACACGGGCGAGGAGAUACCCCUGAGCUUGGCGGAGGAAAAGCUGCCCACGGGCAUCAAUCCCCUGACGCUGCAUAUCAUGCGGCGGACGAAGGAAUACGUCAGUAAUGACGGGGCCCAGUCGGACGAUGAAGACAAAAUGCAGCUGCAGCAGAGCGACACCGACGGAGGCCGCUUGAAGCAGAAAACGACACAGCUGAAAAAAUUCUUGGGCAAAUCAGUCAAAAGGGCUCGGCAUCUGGCCGAAGAGUACGGAGAACGUGCUGUCAACAAAGUGAAGAGCGUCCGAGACGAAGUCUUCCACACCGAUCAAGACGAUCCGUCGUCCAGCGACGAUGAAGGCAUGCCAUAUACGCGGCCGGUGAAGUUCAAAGCCGCUCACGGCUUCAAGGGGCCCUACGACUUUGAGCAAGUGAAAGUCGUGCAGGAUCUCAGCGGAGAGCACAUGGGAGCUGUCUGGACCAUGAAGUUUUCGCACUGCGGCCGGCUGCUGGCCUCUGCGGGUCAGGACAACCUUGUGCGGAUCUGGGUGCUGAAGACGGCUUUUGAUUAUUUCAACAACAUGCGGAUGAAGUAUAACUCAGAAGGCCGCGUCUCCCCCUCCCCAUCUCAGGAGAGUUUGAACUCGGCCAAGUCAGAUAACGAUACGGGGAUUUGUAGUGGGACCGACGAGGACCUUGAUGACAGGAGCACGCCAUUUCGGCAGCGGCCGUUCUGCAAGUACAAAGGUCACACGGCCGACCUCCUGGAUUUGUCCUGGUCUAAAAAUUACUUCCUGCUCUCCUCCUCCAUGGAUAAGACCGUCCGGCUCUGGCACAUAUCCCGGCGGGAAUGCUUGUGCUGUUUCCAGCACAUCGACUUUGUCACAGCGAUCGCCUUCCAUCCCAGGGAUGACAGAUACUUCUUAAGCGGCUCGCUGGACGGCAAACUUCGGCUCUGGAACAUUCCUGACAAAAAGGUGGCCCUCUGGAAUGAGGUGGAUGGGCAGACCAAGCUGAUCACCGCUGCAAACUUUUGCCAGAAUGGCAAAUACGCCGUGAUUGGUACCUACGACGGCCGGUGUAUCUUCUACGACACUGAGCAUCUCAAGUAUCAUACUCAGAUCCACGUGCGGUCAACCAGAGGACGGAAUCGAGUGGGGAGGAAGAUCACGGGGAUCGAGCCCCUGCCGGGUGAAAACAAGAUCCUCGUAACCUCCAACGACUCACGCAUCAGGCUCUACGAUCUGCGGGACCUGUCUCUUUCAAUGAAGUACAAGGGCUACGUCAACAGCAGCAGCCAAAUCAAAGCCAGCUUCAGCCAUGACUUCACCUACAUCGUCAGUGGCUCCGAAGACAAGUAUGUGUACAUCUGGAGCACCUACCACGACCUGAGCAAAUUCUCCUCUGUCAGGAGAGAUCGCAAUGAUUUCUGGGAGGGGGUCAAAGCACAUAACGCUGUGGUUACCUCCGCCAUCUUCGCCCCGAACCCCAGCCUGAUGAUCUCCUCCGAAACAGCCGAGAAGCCCCCUGGAGAAAGCAAAAGUGAAGAUUCAGUGACAGCAGACCCCAUUCCUUCUGGAGCCUUGAAGGCGGACCACACUGAGGUGCUUCUCUCUGCCGAUUUCACCGGAGCCAUCAAAGUCUUUAUCAACAAAAAGAAAAACCUCUCUUGAAGAGUCGCCAGUAACUCAGUAGCCUCGCAAUCAUGGUACCCGGGUGUGAGUCUCGUGCUUGGUGACGCAGAGUAUAAUCUCACGCUGGAGGUCGGCUUACCGUUAAAUUCCUUCCUUCAAGGCUGCUGUCCUGGAGCUCCCCAAAAAGCAGCACCUUUCCCACCCUCUUAAGCCCCCCCUUCCCCUCCACCGCUUUUUAGAUUAGAAAGGGAGGACCGCCGGCAGCCUCACUCAAAACAAGAAAAAUGAGCGUUGCAAUUUCCGAAUAAUUCUGCUGUUGCAUAAUGCACCAGAUGCAGAAUAAGCCUGCACAAAAAAUACAGUGAGAUGCUCCUUUGGGGGUCACCCAGGAACAGUUUUGCACAGGUGAACAGUCAAUUCGAUUCAGUGGUGCCCAAGUAGGGGCUGUAAUUCCUUGCAGUUGCACAAAGUUAAAUGCCCUCUGCCCAGCGUCCCGUCCCCUGCAAAGCUGAUCUAUUUUUUAAUUUCUCUUAACCGAGGUGCAUUUUUGGCCAGACCCGUUACGUUCUGUGCGAUCGUUCCUUCUCUGACUCCUAAGCCCCGCGGCCCGCAGAUGGAUUAGCGGCAACCUCGUUUCGGUGUUUGAUAACGUGGACUUCUGUGGUCUUCUCACUGUUGUGCACUCUCGAUUCUGUUCUGUUCCCUUUUUGCACACUGGAGCACAAUAUUUCUAUGAAAGAGUUUCUCAUUCCUUAAUCCCAGGCACAGGGAUACUACGCUCACUUUAAAGCAACUUAAGCUGCAUUAGGAACAAUUCUUAUAUUUUACAACGAUGUAAAAUAAAACUGUUUACAUAUUUUUUAAAUAUUGUAGUUUUAAGUUUUUUGUUUUAUCCUUGUUUAGAGUUAAAACCAAAUUAAAAAGGCUUUGUAAAUAUUUGUAAAAUAAUACCAAUGACGCAACCGUUUUGCAGGGGCAUAACCUGCAGAAAGACUGUUGAGGGUGGCAGCUGCUUAAGAAAACAAAGGAUGUCUUAUUAAAAAUGGGUCACAGAGAAAAA